AUGGCAGCGAUCAAUCAAGUUGCGCUUCUCGCAGGUGGAUGUCAACAGAGCUGUGCAGCUCCUGUCAUUGGCCACGCCAAUGUCAUCGCGUACUGCUCUACGGCGGCAAUCUACAUGUAUACACCCAUCACAAUCACCAAGACCGCCUCCGCAGGGACACCGGCGGCAACUGAGAAGAAGAAGUUUUAUAGUUACCCUCUCACCCGCAUUUUUGCUAACGGUGUUGUUGGUGCUAUUCAUUCAUUUCACUUCAAUGAAGAAUACAUGGCGUGUGUAACAAGCACUGCGAAAACAGUCGUUUGGCGCCUUGCAGACGGAGAGAUUUUGAACAAGAAACGCGUGCCGAGUGCUGUGGGUGAAUUUUUCCGGCGUGAGGGUGGUCCGUCGGUGGUACGGGUGGCUGGAAAGCACCACAUUUUGUACGGCACGAGAACCGGCUGGGUGGUUUCCGUUAACAUGAACGAUGGAACUACCACGCAUCAACUGCGGCUUAGUAUGAAGAACCAGGGCGUCACCCCGGCCACUGUGCCCACACCCACACCCACUGUGCCCACACCCACACCCACGCUCACGCUGACACCCACACCCACGCCCACUACUCUCCUCGGCAAUCAUGACAGCAGCAGUGAUGCUCACGUGGGGAGCGUGACAUUUAUUGACGUCUCCGCAUCUCGUCCUGACAUCGUCGUUGUCAGCACCUCUGAGGGGGGAUUUUUCGUUCUCUCCAUACACCCAGCGAAUGGUAUACGGCAGAAUGCUUCACUGCGUCCAUUUCCAGCGCCGACACUUUCUGAAGAAUCACACACAACCAACGAUGCUAGCAAAGGCAAUGGCACUGCCACUGACAACGGAUGGCUUCCCGUUACAACUAUGGCGUUUGACCCGAACAAUCCCAACUUUGUUGCUAUUGGCUCACGCGACGGAGCUCUAGCUCUAGUGGACAUUGCGUCCAGCACUAUUGUACAGAAUUUCACUGUGCAGAAAGCGCCAGUGAUAUCCAUUUCUGGGCUUGCUGGUCAGGCUGGAACGUUUGUGACAGCAGAUGGUGAGAGCUCCAAGUUGGAAGUGUGGUCAGCAAACUCACGCACGGCGGUGACGGCAUGGCAUCCAAUUGCUGGCAGCGCUGUCUUUGGCGUUGCCGCCUUUGGCCCUGAGCACAUCCUCAUUGCAUUGCGCAGUGGCAGUGUUGCGGUGUUCAAUACACGUACACAACAAAUAGAAAUGCAGACGGAAGCAGGUCAUACGGACGUGAUGCAUACCUGUCGCUACGCUCAUCACGAAAAGGAUUAUCUUGCUACAACAAGUAAGGAUGGCACGAUACGGGUGUGGAACACGAAACAACUCACAUUACAAUAUACAAUUGAUGUGGGACGUGUGAUUGUGCACUCCACUGACUGGAGUUUAACUGGUAAGUAUAUUGCUGCUGGACUUAGCACUGGUGAGGUUGUUUGUUAUUACGUCGCCACACAGCGUAAACACUGGAGAGUCAGUGUGUCUGCUGUAAGCGCUGUCAAUUGUGUGUCGUGGAACUCCAGUGAGUCGGGUGGUUAUAUUGCAGCCUCACACUGUGGUGGCUUGGCUGUCAUUUCCGCACGAGACGGCAAAAUUGUGCGUCAUUACAAGACAGCUUCCCCUGUUUGUGGCAUAGAAUUUGACCCAAAACAUACGAAGCAUCUUGCCGCGGCUUGCCACGAUGGACAGGUCCUUGUGUUUCAGAUUGGUUCCAGCCGUGAAGAACCCGCACUUGUGCUUACAGGACACACUGAGGCAGCUCUCAAUGUGUCAUAUAAUCCGACUGCGACGAAUUUUCUGCUUAGCUGUGGUCAGGACACCACAUUACGGCUAUGGGAUAUUUCUUCAGGAACGUCACAUACAGCUUCUGUUUCAUGCCGUGUAUUGCGUGGACAUAAAGGUUGUGUCAAUGCCGUCGCAUGGUGCAGUAUUGCUCCUUAUAUUGCACUCUCCGCAUCCUCGGAUUGUACCGUACGGCUAUGGGAUUUGCGUAAUGGAUCCAAUGUGACAACGGUCCGUGCCCAUAAUGGGGAGGUUGUGGCAUUGAGUGGGCAUCCCGAGCGUCCGCUCGUGUUUGCCUCCGUCUCGCACGACACCAACAUUGUUUUUUGGCACUUGGGGCUACUUCGACAAGUUUACCUGGAUGCCACGCUGGGCAGACUGGAAAAUUGCACCGUAUCGGAUAGCACUUCUCUGUUGGCGACUUCGUCUGCAGCUUCCGUCUCCGUCGUGGCCGGUGAUAUUGUGCAGGAGUUAAAUAAGGACUUGAAGGAGGCCAACCUUGCACCUCACAGGCGCAUGGAACGACUUGUCCGACUCUUUGAAUUUCCAUGUGGGGCUGCAGACUUGGCGCGUGUGGCGGGGUUUGCCGGCGAUCCACAGGACAUAUCCAACACCAAGUGUACCGUUAUGCCUGCCUCACGGCUUGUCGAGGUACAUGGGAAGUGGGGGAAAACAAAUGUGGAGAAGUCGCACGGUAAAACCGUGACGAGCGCGGGUGAGGAAUACAAAAAAAUGCGUGUUAUAGAAGCAGCUGAAUCUAUGCUGCAGGUAGGAAAAGUCGCCGAUUAUUGCCAGUUGCUCGCUGAGGUAGGUGAAUGGGAUAGUGCCAUUGCCGCAGCGCCUGUUGUUAGUCGCGAGCUGUGGCGCUCUCUUUGCUUGCAGGCGGCAGAGGCUAUGGAGGCUGCUGGAAACACACGUGCUGUGCGUUAUUUCAUAAUGGCUGAGGAGAGUGCUCGCGCCGCCCGUCUUGUUGCCCGUCAGUCUGAUAAAAACUGGGAUUUGGCAGCCGUCAUCGCACAGACGUGUCCUCAACAUGUGGAGCAGGCAAGUACAGAGCCUCCACACAACACGGCAGUUGAUUCAAAUGGUGUCUCUCCUGUUGUGCAAACAUUGCUUCAUGCACGCGCCACUGCGUUGGCAUAUUCUGAUAAUCCCCGCAUUGCUGCUGCGGCUAAGCUUGUGGACGGCGCUAAUGACGACGCUGUAAUGGAUCUCAUUUACAGCGGGGAUGUGGUUAUUGCGCACCUUCUCGUUCACACCGUCCCGCUUCAGCGCCAGGCGACCAUCGAUGCUGGAUAUCACCUCUCCAUGUUGCAGUCCUGUCAACAGCACCAGUGGGAUACGGCAUUGAUUUGUGCAACACGACGUUCGAACCCUUACGACGGUCUUGCAACGGUAUUUGCAUUUUACCAACAAGCAGAGGAGAAGAUGCGUUUGACGCGCACUACUGGCGACACCUCUGCGCCUGUGAAUGAGCGGCUGAAGGCUUUUCAUGAGCAGGUCCUUUCCGAGUGUCAACGCCUUCAACUUCCGCUGGAUGCGGAAAGUAUUCAGCGGAACCACGCUGCGGAUGGACUUGGCUCCAUCAAUCAGCUGGCUGCCAUGGUGCUGUCAUCGAAAACGCCUAUAGCAGCCGUGACGAAUGAGGAACUUCUGCAAACGAUGAACAAUUUUAUAGGCAGCAUCCUUCAGGCCGCAUUGCAAGAUAUUGACAGUUUGAACGCUAUUUUUUACUUGAAGCAGGCCCUUUCAGCCACAUAUUACGUGAGUCUACCGAUUCAACCAACUACGAAAGGUACCACGUCGACAAUACCACCAGGCUUCCCAACGGUCAUUACCGGCAACGUCGCACACUCUCCGGCUGUGCGAAGGUUUCUCGCCCAGGUCUUCUUGCUUGCAUCGUUGAUCUGUGUCAAGGUGUACCGAUUCCCGAAAUUUUUGAAUCCCAUCUUUACCAAGGCUCGUGAACUGGCCGAAGGGGAUAGUCAAGUCAUGACGCUGCUCUCAAAAGUGCAGCAGGUGCUUGGCUCCUACUCCCCGCACUCCGUUGAGGUGAGCUGUGCAACUCUCGGAGCAUCUGUGCCCUGCUAUGGUGUUGAGGACGGGAUUCAGCUGAAGUCGGCCUUGACGAAGGAGCCUCUCACGGGAGAGGUGCAUCUUCUGGAGGAUGGUGUCUCUCUCAUGGGGAAGAGUGAGGCGUUACAGUGGAUGCUGUGUUGCGCCUUCUCACCCCUUGCAUCGGGGGUGCGUUUUCUUCCCCUAUAG